AUGUUCAAGAGUAUCCUUCCAUCAAAAAGGAUCACCUCCUCCGACUUCACAAUGGUAACUCCCUUAGCAGAUGGAGCUCCAAACGGCAAGGAAAACCAACCGAGCUCUAACUUUUUCACGCAAUCCACUCGAAAUACGAAGGGAGGUUCCGCUGGCUCUGACAAAGGAUUUACUGAUAAGAAGAAACGCGGAGCUGCCCAAGAGAUUAACCAACUUGAACAUGGAGAUGACAUGCACGAAGCUUUCGACCAACUUUUGGACGAGCUACAAAUUCCUUCUACUCUUCGUCCUAAGCUGGUUGGAAUGGACUCUUCUGUCAAAGCAGCUAUGUUAAAGUCAUCUCGAGGGAUGUCGCUUAAUAUUAAAUCAACUUUCCCUGUUAUUCCUGAGAUGCCACUCACACCCCAGCCCUUGACCUUGAGACGGACACGAAGCAUUGACACGUUGGAAUCUCCUCGCCCAACAAAACCAACUUUGGACUACGACCUGAGACCUCCAAUGGCACCUUUCACGCUCAGCGAUCAAUCUUCUCGAUCUGCUUCCUCUACGGGGUCUCCGAGAAAAUCUAGUCAUUCUCGUGGCAUAUCUCUGGGUACAGGUAUUAUUUCCCGAAGUCAAGUCAACCUUCUCGGAAAUAACUCCACUUUGGACCUCACGGCCACGGCCAAGUCAGGAAAGGAGAAAGGCCCUGGAUCCUCGAGAAUAAUAUCACCAACAAAGUCGGUCAGCAUCUUGGCCGGUGCAUCUAGUACAGAGCUGGAUGUGGAGCAAGUCAAGAAAUUACGUCUGCUGUUACGAAACGAAUCUGCUAGUUGGACCGAAGAGUUUCUCCGUUCAGGCGGCUAUGCCGCUCUUUUGACUCGAAUGAAUGAAAUCCUGGAGGUUGAAUGGAGGGAAGAACAACAUGAUGAUCAAAUUUUGCAUGAGCUCCUACGAUGUUUUAAAGCCCUGUCUACAUCUUCUAUUGGAUGUGUUGCGCUUCGAAGCUCUAGCCCUACUCCUUGGGGCCAACUUGUCACGCUGUUGUAUUCUGACAAAAAGCCAGGCGAGGUUGCCACCCGUCAACUUAUUGUAGAACUUUUGCACAUUCUAUUCGACCUUUAUCCUUCUUCAUCUUUGCCGUCCUCCGGAAGGAGUCCGCAUCGAGAAAUAUGGGACUCUGACUCUGCUCCUCUUGGUUCUGGCAACGUCAUUACCCUCCCCGCGCCUCACAAAUCCUUGUUCUCCUUCAUACGAUCCCUUCUCCUCACCCCUGCGCCUCCCACAGCGGAAGCCCCUGCGUCCCCCCUCUCUCCUCACGAGUUCAUAGAGAAUCUUCAUCGGCCUAGGAUAUACAAGACCUAUUUACAAGAGUUGUCCGACGUAUGUCGCGACUACUUUUGGGUGUUCUGUCACCCCAACAACACAAUCUGGCUUUUAUCAGAGACUGAUGAGGGUCGGGUUGAGAAACCUCGCGCGCCAGGUGGUAUGACGGGCGGCGUAGAAUUCGAAGCCAUGAAUUACUUCACAUCACAUCUUAAAUUCAUCAAUGCUGUUGCUAAAGCCACUGACGACUUGAAUCUACCUAAGGACCACGAACUUUCUGCACACCGUUUCCAUAGCGAUAUGUUUGCAUCUGGUUUUGAGCGACUUAUCUUGAUCUCCCGCAAAGCUUCCACGACCUAUUAUCCUACUCUUCAUCUCGAGCUUGCACGUUAUGUUACCUUCGCAGGCCGCGCUCAAUUUGAGCUUCCUUGGACAGUAUCCAGGCUCAUUGGUCUACCUCCUCCAGGAUUAUGCAAGAACUCUGUGUCCCCGUCCUUAACAUCAGGUAAAAGUACACCUGCAACUCCCUCAAGAAGGACAGCUCGAGCCCCUGCUUCUGCUCUUCCACCGCAGCCCGGAAGCCCGUCCCGCGGAGCGCUUGCCAACUAG